AUGGACCGGAGACCUAGCAUGGCCUCACUGGAGGACCAAUUGCGCUGCCCCGUCUGUCUGGAGGUGUGGACCGAGCCGCUGAUGCUGGAGUGCGGACACUCCUACUGCCGCAGCUGUGUCCGCUCCAUGGACCUGGACCCGCUGGGCCAGCUCCAGUGCCCGGUGUGCCGUUGCUCAGUCGACGGCCUGAGCCCCCCGCUCAACCACUCGCUGGCUCGCCUCGUCGAGUCGUUGCGGGAAGUGAACCGGCCGGGCGACGUCCCGUCCGACAACUGUCCGCAGCAUCACAACCCGCUGAGCCUGUACUGUGAGGAGGACCAGGUAGUCAUCUGUGGCCUGUGCGGCAGCAUCGGGGCGCAUCGCGCACACAAGGUGACCCCAGUCAGCAGCGUCUACAGCCGCAUGAAGGAAGACAUAUCCUGUCUCAUGACAGAGUUUCAGAGCCAGAGGAGGAAACUGGAGGAGCAGAUUUGUAAAAUGGCCUACAACAAAUCCCGCAUCACCAAUGAGUCGGACGUGCUGAAGUGGGUGGUGCGUAAGGAGUUUGGUGAGCUGCGGCGGUGUCUGGAGCUGGAGGAGGCAGCGUUCAUGCAGCGGGUGGAGAACACGGCCGCCGUCCUCAUCGGCUCCAUCCAGAGCCAGGCCGACCACAUGGGCCAGCUGCUCGUACGCUUCCAGGAGGCCGAGGGCACGCUGGAUGCACUCAGCAACGAGAGCCACCUCGCCUUCAUUACGAAGUACGGCUCGAUCGCUCCAAGAUUUAAAGAGGGCCAACAGCGGCAACAGCGUGAGGAGAGGAGCUACAGCUCCAUCAACUUUGACCCCGGCUUCAAGCACAAUGACAUCAAGAUGGCCGUGUGGAAGCGCCUACACAGGAGGGUGCUGCCAGACCCUGCUCCGCUGAAGCUGGACGCCCUGACGGCCCACCCCAUGCUGCACCUGAGCUCUGACCAGACCCUGGUGGAGUGCAGCGCCCUGCUCAACCGCCUGCCCAACAACCCCGAGCGCUUCAGCUACAGCUACUGCGUGCUGGCCAGCCGCGGAUUCUCCUCGGGCAAGCACUACUGGGAGGUGUGUGUAGGUGCCAAGCCCAAGUGGCGUCUGGGCCUGAUCAAGGGCACGGCCGGACGCAAGGCCAAGCUGCCCAAGAGCCCUGAGGCGGGCGUGUGGCUCAUCGGGUGCCGUGAGGGCGUCACGAGGAGCAGGCCCGCCGGUGAAUGAUGAAUCCUGCCGCUUAAGCCCCUGGAGACAGUGGGUGUGUUCCUGGACUACGAGAAGGGCGAGCUGACCUUCUACGACGCAGGGAGCGAUGAGCUGCGGCCAGUCUACUCGUUCCAGGCUGAGCUGCAGGGGAAGGUGUACCCGCUGAUCGACGUGUGCUGGCACGAACGCGGCGCCAACAAGCACCCCAUCAGGCUGCCACAGCCUCCACAGACCCAGCAGCAGGCCUGAUGAACCAGAACCAGAACUUACUCUGAAGAACUGGAAUUAGGAUUAGGACUAUAACCAGAACCUCCGCUCAUAGCCUUCUCCACCAACAGGAAAUGGGUCUUUCAGCCGGUUCUGUUAAUGAUUCUUUAAAUCUCAGCCGGUUCUGUUAAUGAUUCUUUAAAUCUAAUUAAGCUAAUCUAGUGAACCAUCUCACUUUUUUAUCAGUUUUGAGCAGAACUAUCGUAAUCAAUGGUGUGUCAUCAACGGAGGCCACUGCACAAUGCAUAACAGACCUUAGCAGUAGUAGUAAGGCGGCGGACCUUCCUCUCCAAGCAGUAGAAUCACUGCCCCCCUGUUUGCUGAGACAGCCAUCUUGUGUUUCUAUAAGGAAACCCUGUUUUUGGUUGAAAUGCUCUGAAUGGUUAAAAAUGUGGAAACAAAACUACAAGAAGAGCCCUACUCUGGAAACAAAACUACAAGAAGAACCCUACUCUGGAAACAUAACUACAAGAAGAACCCUACUCUGGAAACAAA